CGACGUGACGGAAACCAGUUAUAUUUGCGAGAAGAAAUACCAGGAAAUCUGUGGUUUUUAAACUGUCAAACACUUGCAACAAAUCACAGCGUUUUUUUUUCUACAAUUUACUUCACUUCUACAUAAACGACGUUGUUGAAAAAUUUUAUUCAUUCGUUGGUCAGAGUUUGAACGGGUUUGACUUAUCCAUCGGAACCGCAACCAAACCAUGAAAUACGUUAGUUUUUCGGCUGUGUUAUUGGGAAACUACACGGGUGGUAGUUUGAAUCCGGCUCGAUCCCUCGGUCCGGCAGUCAUCAGCAACAAGUGGAGUUAUCACUGGGUUUACUGGGCAGGACCAAUCAUCGGUGGUGUGGUGGCCGCCCUUCUCUACCAGAAGGUUUUUAAAGCCCGUUCGGUCGAAGAAGAAAUCGAAUUGGAAUCUUACCAGUACCAUGUGGCCAAUUCAAAGGAGAGCGAAAUUCUUGCUGAUCGAACCACGACCAUCUAAACAUUU